UUACCAGCUGCACACGAGGUGACUGCACAGGCCGGGAGAGUCUUUAGCCUGUACUUACUGAUGAAGAACUAAAUCAAAGUAGUGUCAAAACCAGCACAUGACAGUGGAUCCAGUGGCUUAAUACACUUCUUUCAUCUGCUCAGCCAAGACAAGAUGUCACAGCAAGCAAAGGUGAAUGUGGAGAAAAAACUGUCUCAAAACACAAGGAGGAGUUUCAACUUCUCAUCUCUCCGGAUUAAAAAAAGACCCAACAGUUAUGCAGAGGGUGCAUUUCAACAGCGGAGAGGAUUGCUGUCUUUUUCAUCAGUCCGAGAGACAUCAAGAAAGGAGUGGGACCCAGAUGAAGAUGGUUCCUCACAACUACACAGUACUCGGGACCAGAUGAAGAGGACAGGUGAGCAGCCCAGAGGUAACCUCAUCUCUGACAUGGCUGAGAAAGAUAGUGCCAUCCCAUCAAGUGAAGAUGAAGGUGGACGACAAGGGGCCCUCAAGAGGUUCAGUGCCAUGUGGUCCUCCUUCCGCAAAGGCAAAAGAGAUAGAGUCAAAGACCCGGAGCCUUCGGAGUCACCGGGCCCAGCAGAGGCAGACAACACAUCCAGGCAGCACCGCUAUGUCAGCGGUCAGUACUUCUUUGAGUAUCUGGUGGUGGUCAGCCUCAAGAAGACCAGGGAUGGCAGCAGCUAUGAGCCUCAGAUCACCUACCAGUUUCCCAAGAGAGAUGGGAUGGUGAGAUAUCAGAAGGAGGAGGAGGAGAAGACGCUGAAGGCAAUCACUCUGUUUUGUUUCCCAGAGGGCAUCAACUGGGCUCCUCUGACAGAAUACCACAGUGAGACCUUCUCCUUUGUUCUGACUGAGGUUGAUGGCAGCAGAAGAAACGGAUACUGCAGGAGGUUACUGCCUGGAGGGAAAGGAGCUCGCCCACCUGAGGCGUACUGCAUCAUCAGCAGCCUGGCGUGUUUCGGCCUCUUCUCCAAGAUAUUUGAUGAGGUGGAGAAGCGGCGGCAGAAAUCCAUGGCUAUGAUCUACCCAUUCAUGCAGAAGCUGCGGGAGGCCCCAUUCCCAGCUCCGGGAAACACUGUGGAGAUUAAGAGCUUCAUUCCUGAGUCGGGCACUGAGAUCAUCAGUCUGACCCGUCCACUGGAUUCCUGGCUCGAACACGUCAACUUCGCCAAGCUUUUCAGCUGCCUGACAGAUGACGAGGUGUUACUGGUGUUUGCUGCUGCUGUCCUGGAGAGACGGAUCGUUUUCAUCGCUGAUGAACUGGGCACGUUAUCCCAGGUCAUUCAUGCAGUAGCAGCCCUCCUUUACCCCUUCACCUGGCAGCACACCUUCAUCUCCAUUGUUCCGGAGAUCCUGAUCGAUGUAGUGAUGGCACCCACCCCCUACCUGCUGGGAGUCCAGAAACGCCUGCUGGACGAGGUCACCGACCAGAGUGAUCUGCUGGUGGUCGACUUGUCUGAGGAUAAAACGAAGACCUUCAUUGUUUCAAUUGGUGAUGAAGAAUCUAUUCUGCCCCCGAAGCUCCAAACUGAAAUACGAGAGGUACUAAGUACAAGACAAAACAAAUCAACGGUGGAGGAGCUGAACCGGGUGGUGUCGGAAGCCUUCCUGCAGUUCUUUGUUAAAACAGUCGGCCAUUACAGCUCUUAUGUGAAAUACAGCCAUGCAGGAGGGCAGGGGGUGUUUGAAAAGAGAAGGUUCUACAAGGCCAUUGAUUCCAAGACUACUCGACACUUUGUCAAGAGGUUCAUCCAGACACAGAUGUUUGACCUUUUUAUCCAGGAGGUGGAGCAGCAGCAGCCUGGACGACAGCCGUCAGGAAUAUUUCACAAAAAGAUCCUUGAAUACCAAGAGAAGAAGAAAAGUGAUAAGACAAAGAAACACUAGCUCUCAGGGUACCUGGGUGUGUAUAAAGGAGUGCAUACGAGAAUAUGUGAAUGUUGUGUGUUUUAUGUCCUGUGUCAGUUUGGUUUUAAGUAUGUGUGUAACAAUGUGUGAAUUACUGUAUGGCUAUCUUGCUGCUACUCUGUGAAACACUGGCAAAUUGACAGACUUCAGAUCCACGUGUUGGUCCUCAGCCUGUGGCCAAAGUGUGUCGCUGAUGAGCAGGAAAAUCAUUUCAAAUAAAGACUAGUUUUCUAAAUCCACGCACCUGCAGUCUCUGAUUUUUAGGCAGCAAGGCCCCAAUGGCUGGUCGCCUUUUGUCCAUUUUGGUUUAUAUCUAUAUAUCUGUCUAAUUUUCUUUUACAAUCUUUCUUUUCUCACUCUCUUUCUUUAUUUGUGACUGACAAGUGAUUUAGAAUCUAAAAAGUAGGAAAUAGAGCUGAGCAGUCCAGUUCUCUCUCAAAAGAUUUAUAAGUGGUUCCCAACCUGUGAGCUAGGGCCCACUGGUGGACUGUGAAUGUAUUGCAAGUGGGCAUGCAAGUAAUUUGCAAAACAGUACGAUUUUUGUGAAAAGAUUAAAAAAAAAAUUAAAAAAUAUAUAUAUACUGUAUAUAAAUGUUUUUAAAUGAAAUUAUCCAUAAAAACAUUAAACAUGUUUAAAAACUCCUUUCAUUGUUUUUUGGGGGGGUUUUUUGUCACUGUUGAAGGACGCCCACAUUUAAACAUUUCUAUCAUUUUUGUUGUUGAUAAAAGCCAACAUAGAAUGUCUUGUGAUUAAUUACAAAUUCAGGAAAAACUUCAAUGUGUUGUGAUUUCUAUACUGUGCGUGUUGCUACUGUUAGAAUUCAUACCAGACACGCUCCGUAAAAACCAUCAACAAAGCAAAGCUUCAUAAAAAACUUUAUUUCACAUUAAAACUACAUUAAUUUCAACAACUUACAUCACUGGAGACGUGUACAAAAGAAUGUAAGGAAUCUACUCUCCACAAACCAUGACUGAGAAAAUGGUUUGUGGAAGUUAAAGUUAAAGAUGUUCUGGUUAAACUGGUGGGAAAUGCGGCUCCCAUGCAUCUCAGUCGAACAAGGGAAAUAUAUAGAAUUUCUCCAGAUGUAAUGGAUUUCAUAGAAGGUGAACAUGUUCGCUACAGUAUCUGAUUCCCAAUGACUGAAGAGCCACACUUUAGGCCAAUGUCCAAUGUUAAUGUCACAUCAAAUUAUUUGUAAGUGUGAUGUAAAGUUCAAUGACAAAGGAUGGCUGUCCAACUGUUUUUUUUAUUUCUGAGCCACAAAUAUUUCAACUACAGGCGCUUUUUUGAUUAAAAGUUUAACAAUUUCCAAAUGUCAUUACAAAGUGUAAAUAAUAUAAUUUGGAUGAAUUGUGUUUAAUUAUGACAGUCAAGCCUCCCAUGUGUGAUUACUACUACAGAAAACAUGAAGAUAAUAUCCCCAUUCAUUUUUCUGACCCAUACAUGUCCUCACAUUUUUGUAAUGUGAAAUUAAACGUUGAUAUAUCGUCCCAUCCCUAGAUGUAAUCGAUGGUGACUGUUGAUUUCUGACAGAGGAAGAUAAGUCUUUCAGUUAUGUUUGAAAGUUGAUGAGUUUGGUUACACAGUCUAACAUCUUCUCAAAUUUCUCAGGUUUUGAUGUAAUAGCUGAGUUCUGUUAAAAUCUGAAACAAUCAAAAAGAGAAGAUUUAUGUUUGAAAAUGGCAUUCAGUAUACUUCCAACUUUUUUAUGUUUGUCUUCUAUUUUGUGUUUCAUAUGAUGUCAACUCCGUCAGUUGAGAAGUCACCUCUGUCAGAUGGAUUUUUUCUGUUAUAUUCAUCAAAUAUAUGUUCAGAAUGAUUUAUAAACGAGUUUAUGUCAAUAAAAAGUUUAUAAGGUA